AGCGAAUCGUCUUCAUCAUCAGAGGAAAGUGACAAUGAUAAAAAAAACAAAAAAAUAGUGCGUUUAAAUGAACAGAAUGAAUCAGAAUCAUCAUCGUCAGAGGAAGGUGAAUCGGAAUCAUCAUCUUCAGAGGAUAGUGAUAACAAUAAAAAAGUGGCGAAUGCAGAUGACCAGAGCGAAUCGUCUUCAUCAUCAGAGGAAAGUGACAAUGAUAAAAAAAACAAAAAAAUAGUGCGUUUAAAUGAACAGAAUGAAUCAGAAUCAUCAUCGUCAGAGGAAGGUGAAUCGGAAUCAUCAUCUUCAGAGGAUAGUGAUAACAAUAAAAAAGUGGCGAAUGCAGAUGACCAGAGCGAAUCGUCUUCAUCAUCAGAGGAAAGUGACAAUGAUAAAAAAAACAAAAAAAUAGUGCGUUUAAAUGAACAGAAUGAAUCAGAAUCAUCAUCGUCAGAGGAAGGUGAAUCGGAAUCAUCAUCUGAAUCAGGGGAAAGUGGCAAUGAUAAAAAAAUGACGAGUGUAGGUGACCAGAGUGAAUCGGAUUCAUCAUCCGAGGAAAGUGACGACGAUAAAAAAAUUAAAAAAAUACCGCGUUUAAAUGAACAGAGUGAAUCAGGAUCAUCAUCGUCAGAAGAAAGUGAAUCGGGAUCAUCUGAGUCAGAGGAAAUUGGCAAUGGUAAAAAAAUGGCGAAUGCAGAUGACCAGAGUGAAUCGUCUUCAUCAUCCGAGGAAAGUGACAGUA